AUGCGCGCUCGAGUGGUGGAUUCUGAGAACGCGUACGGCGACGAGCGAUUGAAAACGCCCGCGAUGCCUUUAAUCGACGUCGUUGAAGAGUCCAACAGCGGCACGCGAAUUUUGCAAUGCAUGUUGAGAGCUCGGGUGACGGAUAAAAGUGGGAAUAUUCGUUGCGUAGUGUUACCGUUGGACGCUCCGAUCGAUGUCUUGCGAGGCGAAGCGAACAGCGAGGACGAGGACUUAUCGGACAUCGACGAUAAGGAGUUGAACGAGAUUUUACCGGAUAUGCAAUUAGCGUUGGCGAAGAAAGGGUUGUUGUUGCAGCGGUCGGCGUUGUGCUUUACGGUGAGAGGACCGAUUCGCGCGGAUUACGACGAUUGUUUAGAGUUGGAUCAAGGGCGAGACGAGGCGCCACAAGAAGCGACGGAGUUGGUAACUUUCGACAGCGACGCGACUGGGUGUCGGUAUUUAGUCUAUGCGCCGUUAAAUCCCGUGUUGAUUGUAACAAAAGAAAUUGAAAGUAACGGUUUGAGACAGGAGGCUGUGAUGGAAGAGCCGGACGAAAUCGUCGAGGCUGCGAUUGAGAGAGUGUACGAAGAGUUGGCAUCGGGUCCAGACGACGAAUUAUUCUUACAGAUGGAGAAAGCGGAGAGGGACAUGAACGAUAGUAAUAAGAAGGGUAAUAGUGGUGGUGGUAAAAGAAAUAAAAAGUGA